AUGGCGGCCAUGGAAGAGCUGGAGAUUCACAGCAAGUCGUACUUUGUACGUUGGAUCAAUGUCAGCGCCAACCACACCAUCUCUUGGAGUAUUCAACCACACAAGAAGUCCGUCAACUUUGGCAUCUUCAAACACCCAGGCCAAUCCUCUGCUCUGAGCUCCCAUCUUCCUGCCUCCGAUUCCCAGAGCACCGAUUCCACUGAGAAUCUCCCCGCAACGGCGACGACUGCCGGCGCGCGGCAACAACAAUCUGCCGUCAUCGAGAAGCUAACGGGAAUUGGGCUCAAAACAAUCAAAUGGACGGGCAAGUGUGAAGCAGACAAGAUUACCCAGGGGACCUACGAUGUGCCGUUCAGCGAAGGAGGCAACUAUGCCCUCGUUUUCGAUAACACAUUCUCCAAACAAAUCUCCAAGACCUUGACACUUGUCCUCCUCACCUAUCCGACCGGCCUUCAACCACAUAGCUCCGCAUCGAUUGCUACACGAUCUCAGCCAGGGGCAUCGACAGAAUCGCUGCCGCAGCCCAAGACCCGCCGACGAGGCAACAGCCGAGCCACGCUCAACUCGCAGCACGUCGACGUGUCGAACUCAAGUGUUCACACAGGAUUGCUGCAGAAGCGGCGACGAAAGCGUCACCAGGGCUGGGCACGCCGGUUCUUUUCUCUGGACUUUACCUCUUGCACGCUGUCAUACUAUCAUGACCGCAACUCGUCCGCGCUGCGAGGCGCGAUCCCGCUCUCGCUAGCGGCCGUUGCGACCAACGAAAAGUCCCGUGAGAUCUCUAUUGAUUCCGGCACCGAGAUCUGGCAUCUGCGCGCCAGUAACGAGCACGAAUUUGCUGCAUGGAAGGGUGCCCUCGAGAGAGCUUCCUCUAAGGAAGCUUCUAAGGGCGCACACAAUGCCGGUCUAGGUGCCCCUCCGGAGCUGCGGCUUUACGCUCCAUCGCAGCCCUCCCCGGCGGAGGAGAGUGAAUGGACUCGUGCUGAGAGCCUUAUCAGCCAUCUUUCCGGAUCGCGGGAUGCGAUACGCCGGCUUGCCAAGGAUACCGACCCCAAGUAUCUUGCCUCGCCUCUCCCAACUCCUGUCAACCGGCCUCGUUCGCGUGGCCGGUCCCCUAGUCCCCAGCGCAGUACUCAUGAGACUGCUCCCAGUGAGACGGAGGCCAAGCGGCCGUUCUGGAAGCGCAAGACAAGUGGACAGUCGAAUGCCACCGGCAAGCGACCACCGGCCACGACCACGAACUCCAGUUCCUCGCAGCUUGUGGUACCUGCUACUGACGGCAAGGGGAAGCCUGCCAGUGUCACCAGUCACAUGGACUGCGUGGAUGAGAUCCAUGACCAUUUGAUGGCGGUACUGCGCGACCUUGACAAUGUGGUCUCUGAGUUCUCCACGCUGAUUACCGAGAGCAAGAAGCGACGGCACCCGCCUCAGCCAUCUAUGGUUCCCCGGCGGAGCAUGGAGUCUGACAUGUCGCAAGAAUUCUUUGAUGCGACAGAUGGAGGUGGUGACAGGUCUCCCCUCCUGACCAUCCAUGACAGCGACGACGAAGGGCCCGAAGAGGACCGGCCUGCCUCUGCUGCCGAGGAAGUCGAGGACGACGCACCCUCUGACAGCGACGGUGAAUCCGAUGCGGCAGCAACUCGCCAGGAAAGCGGCAGCGCAUCGGGUUUGUUCCCGGUCAAGCCCAAAUCAUUGAUCCCGCUGCCCCUAGACCCCAUAAAACGCCGCGCAAACAUCCUCGCCCCGACAGUUCUGCCCCCAAGCUUGAUUGGGUUCCUGCGCAAGAACGUCGGAAAGGACUUGUCCACAAUCUCGAUGCCCGUGUCCGCAAACGAGCCCAUGUCUCUCCUGCAACGCGCCGCUGAGGUCCUGGAGUACUCAAAUCUGCUUGACCAAGCCACCAAAUCCACAGACCCUGUCGAGCGCUUGAUGUACGUAACCGCCUUCGCAGUAUCCUCCCUCUCGAGCAACCGCGUCCGCGAGCGCUCCAUCCGCAAGCCAUUCAACCCAAUGCUAGGCGAGACCUACGAGCUCGUUCGCGAAGACCGAGGCUUCCGCUUCAUCGCAGAGAAAGUCUCACACCGGCCCGUGCAGCUAGCCUACCAAGCCGACAGCAAAGAAUGGAGCCUCUCGCAGUCCCCGAUGCCCAGCCAGAAAUUCUGGGGCAAAUCCGCCGAGAUCACAACCGAAGGCCGCGUCCGCAUUACCCUGCAUAGCACCGGCGACCGCUACAGCUGGACGCCUGCAACAUCCUUCCUACGCAACAUCAUCGCAGGCGAGAAAUACGUCGAGCCUGUCGGCGAGCUAGCCGUCACAAACGAGUCCACUGGCCACCGUUCCAUCUCAACCUUCAAAGCUGGCGGCAUGUUCUCGGGCCGCAGCGAGGAAGUAUCCACCCGCGCCGUCGACGCAAACAACAACCCCGUACCCCUCGGCUUAUCCGGCACCUGGCCCUCCUCGCUGACUCUCACCCGCGACGGUAACCCCACCGGUAACACUAUCUGGACUGCCGGCUCGCUCGUCCCCUCCGCGCCAAAACACUACGGUCUCACGUCCUUUGCGGCCGCGCUGAAUGAAAUCACCUCGAUUGAGGAUAAGCAUUUACCUGUCACGGACUCCCGUCUGCGUCCUGACCAGCGCGCGCUGGAAAACGGUGACCUCGACCACGCGGAGGAGAUUAAGGUGCAGCUUGAGGAGGGACAACGUGCGCGCAGACGCGAGAUGGAAAAUGCUGGGGAGAGUUGGAUUCCGCGCUGGUUUACGCGGAUUAGUGAUGACUCUGAUGGGGAGGUUGCUUGGCGGCUUAAGGGUGGGAAGGAUGGGUAUUGGGAGGAGAGGGCUAGGGGGAGCUGGUCUGAUGUUGUGCCUGUGUUUGAGGAUUAG